UUCGUUAAUGCUUGUUGUGUAUUACUCGUUCAUUCUUUGUUUUUAAUUAAAAUUCAAAUAAAAAAUAGCAUUUAUUAAGUGAUUUUUCUUAGGAAGAACUGUAUAAUAAGAUUAUGUGGUACAUAAUAUAACAGGUGCAGUAGUUUUUAAGAGUGCGUCCAUUCUUAAGACAAAGGAAACAGGUGGCUACUGGAACACAGGACUCUCUGACGAUUUGAUCACUUCGCUUAGACUUAUGUUCGAGCGGUGAACAUCCCGGCCGAUUGUUCUCGGUCGGAGUUAUCAACAAGCACCGCAACGCUACUAUCAUGACGCUGCACUGGUGGAUGCAUUGGUUCUGGGUUACGACGCUGCUCAUUUUACUCAGAGGCGGCAGUGGAACCCUUGCUGCGCCCCAGUCUGAAGAACUGCAACACAUAAGCACAGACAUUCAAGUUGAUCAACAGAAACAUUCAGAAAGGCAGGGUCGGGCUAUGUACUUCACUAAAACUCCUCAAGUCGUCGGUACAAAACCACCGCCUACCAAUGCAACGGAAAGUAACCAAACUACAAAAGAAAUUGACAAAGUUGUUCGAAACACAACAUCUAAUUCUACUCUUGGGGUAACACAUCCAGCAAUACAAUGGACUCCAGUAAACACUACAGAAAUUGACAACGCUACAGUCACUGAGGUUCCUAAUAAUACGACAACAGAAACUAAUGUAACAGUAAUACCAAUAUACAAUAAUGUAACAGAAACUCAAAACAAUACGUUUACAUCAAAGAAACGUAAUCUAACUCGACCGGAUUUCGUUAAAGAUACCACAAACGUAGAAGGAGUAGCGGAAAGCAGGAUUGUGACUGAGAAACCACUAUCGCUUGAAACGACAUUCUUGCAGACACGAAUACCACCGAAUAUAGAAUCUUCUAGAAGAAUCAUAGAACCCAAUGAUGGGGGAAUGGACACCGGGGCAAUAGCUGGGAUAGCGUUUGCUACUUUGGUGUUGGGAGCGCUAGCAGGCAGCACAGCCUUCGUUCUUUAUAGACGGCGGUAUUUGAACAAACCGCAGACUUUGAAUGACAAGUGUUCGAAUCCUGAUUCCAGUGGAUACCUUGAUGAUAGUACUAUCAGGGACAAUUCCGAGGAGAUGUACAGUUUGGACAACGACUCAUUCCUGAACUCAUUGGAAGCUAUGACUAUACAGAACUAUUGGACCGACACGGUGAAACAUACCAAGCUCUGAUGGAAAUCUACCAAACUACCAACUA